GUUGACCAUAAUUGAGCUUAUUUAUUUUACCUGAGCACAGGUGUGAUAGAAGCGCACGUGGCAGUGUUUAUCCAAGGUCUAAAAUGAAUCAAAGGUUGGAUCCAAAUGUAUCGCUGGUGGAGGGUGAAAACUGGACUUUUCCAAACGCAUCCCAGGAAUACUUCAACCCGCCAUACAACAUCACGUACGUUGGAUUUUACCUCCACCAGCCUCCUGUGGCUGCCAUUUUCAUCGUCUCCUACCUGCUGAUUUUUCUGGUGUGCAUGGUCGGAAAUGGAGUGGUGUGCUUCAUCGUGCUGCGCAGCAAGAACAUGCGAACUGUCACCAACCUCUUCAUUCUCAACCUCGCCGUCAGCGACCUGCUUGUCGGAAUAUUCUGCAUGCCAACGACCCUUCUGGAUAACAUAAUAACAGGUUGGCCCUUUGGAAGUUUGGUGUGCAAAAUGAGUGGGAUGGUCCAAGGCAUAUCUGUGUCAGCAUCCGUCUUUACUCUAGUUGCUAUUGCUGUAGACAGGUUCAGAUGCAUCGUUUACCCAUUCAAGCAAAAACUGACAAUAUCAACAUCUACGCUAAUCAUUGUAAUCAUCUGGGUGCUGGCAAUCUCAAUCAUGUGUCCCUCGGGAGUCAUGCUACAAGUAACCAAGGAGCAAACCAUCCGUGUAUUCCUUGGGGAUGGCAACAGAACGAACCCUUUUUACUGGUGCAGAGAAAAUUGGCCGAACCAAGAAAUGAGAAAGAUUUACACCACUGUCCUGUUCGCCAACAUCUACCUGGCUCCCCUUUCCUUGAUCGUGAUUAUGUACGCGCGGAUCGGCAUCACGCUUUUCAAAACGGCAGUGCCUGUGGGAGGAAAACCUGGGCAUGAGAACCGCCAUACAGUCUCAAAGAAAAAGCAAAGGGUAAUUAAGAUGCUGCUUGUCGUUGCUUUGCUUUUCAUCUUGUCCUGGUUGCCUCUUUGGACACUCAUGAUGUUGAGUGACUACGCCAGCCUCACCGAACACCAGUACAGGGUGAUCAACAUUUACAUCUACCCCUUUGCUCACUGGCUGGCUUUCUUCAACAGUAGCGUCAACCCCAUCAUCUAUGGCUUCUUCAACGAGAACUUCCGGAGAGGUUUCCAAGCAGCCUUCAAGUUCCAGCUGUGCUCAGCGGACAUGGAGCGCAGAAAGACAUACUCGCACAGGGUCCAGGGAAACGCUGUGCUCCCAGCCAACCUGCUGGUCUCCACAGAACCAGUGUCACUCAACAGCCUUGAGAACAACAGCUCUAAGAGGAACAACCAUGUGAAUGAGCAAGACUUGGUCAUGGAAGACCUAGAAAAGGUAUCGAGAAAUAAUGGUUAUUUACGACCUAUGAGAAGAAAAGACGAUGAAGGUUAAGGUUUUUAGAGGAAAAACCAUUUCCGCCAUUGUGGGCAUCCAUUGAAAGUCAAACAGACUACAGUGCCUCUGAACAAGCCACACAUUUGCAAGCCACUCCAUUUGCUUACAUGUGAGAAAAUGGUAAAACUGAACAUUUCCCUAAAUGCUCUCUGGGUGGUUCAAAC